AACAAUGGCUUAUGAAGCAGCAGCUGUUGAAGGCGAAAACCUGCGCAAAGGUCCAUGGCUAGAAGAGGAAGAUGAACGACUCACCAUGUAUGUAAGACUUAAGGGGAAUCGGAGGUGGGAUGCAUUAGCCAAGGAAUCAGGUCUAAGGAGAAGUGGUCGGAGUUGUAGGUUGCGGUGGUUGAACUAUCUCCGCCCCAAUCUUAAGCAUGGUCACAUUACCGUAGAAGAAGAGAAAAUUAUCCUUCAGCUUCAUGAACUUUGGGGUAACAAGUGGUCGAAGAUUGCAAGAAUGUUGCCAGGAAGAACUGAUAAUGAGAUCAAGAACUACUGGAGGACACAUUUAGUGAAGAAAGCACAAAUUCAAGAUGGUGAUGCUGCAUCUGCUGGAAACUUGCAAUGUACAUCGAACAAGGCCCAACAAGGUUAUUUUUUUCAAGAAGGUGGUGAUAUGAGUGCUGAUAAAAAAUAUGAGUUUGAUCAAUAUCAGGACUCGGUUGAGGAUAUAUGGGGAGCGAGGGAAACUUACUCUGAUGAUCUCUGUUUAUCGGACUUUGCCUUGCCAAGCUCUCCAUAUGAAACACGGCUAUCAGAUUGGAUAUUUGAAUUAUCAAGUGAGCAAAGUGGCAUAACAUGGACUUCAGAUCAUGAUACUAAUGCGUGGGAUUGUUCAAGUUCCCUCUGGGACAUGAACUAA